CUGAAAAAGCUGUAAUGAGAGUUUUAAUAAUGGCGUGGCCGUGGCGGGGGGCUGCCGCUCUCUGCCCGUGUCCAUUAUCAGAAAACCACCUGUAAACAUCGACUUGGAGCGAUUUAUAAAAGUAAUUUAACGCUUACAAUGAUACUGGAUAGAGAAAAUCUCCGCUGAGAGCCUGCUCUUCAAACUGUGUGAAACUACUGGACUGUUGCUUAAAGCGCUGGCCAUGUCGUUACUGUGUGUCAGAGUGAAAAAAGCCAAGCUCCAAGGACCUCCAGACAAGUUCAACACCUACGUGACACUGAAGGUGCAGAAUGUCAAAAGCACGACUAUCACGGUGCGGGGGGACCAGCCCUGCUGGGAACAGGAUUUCAUGUUUGAGAUCAACCGGCUGGACCUCGGCCUCAUUGUUGAGGUGUGGAACAAAGGCCUCAUCUGGGACACCAUGGUGGGGACAUCCUGGAUUCCUCUGAAGGGUAUCCAACAAUCAGAGGAGGAGGGCUCAGGUGACUGGCUCUUGCUGGAUGCAGAGGUCCUGAUGAAGGCGGAUGAGAUAUAUGGCACCAAGAACCCAACGCCUCAUCGAGUUCUGCUGGACACUCGCUUCGAGCUGCCUUUUGACAUCCCAGAUGAUGAGGCACAGUACUGGACAGGCAAGCUGGAUCGCAUCAAUACCAUGGGAAUCCAUGAUGAGUACCCUCUUCAGGAUGACAUCCAGAGUCGCCCACUGCCAUUUGCGGCCUCCCAGUGCUCUCUGGAUGACCAGGACAGUGCUGUAGACGACCGGGACAGUGACUACCGCAGUGAGACGAGUAACAGUCUGCCUCCACGCUUCCACACGACGGCUCAGCCUAACUCCUCCCUGCACCAGUAUCCCAUGGGGCCUCGGCAGCAGCACCACCCAGACUCCUGCACGGACUCUGUCCACAGUUUGGACCUCGACUACAGGGACCAGAGAGGAACCAGUCCAGUGGAAAGUAGUCACUUUGGGUCGUCAGGAAACCUGAGCCAGACAAGCUCCCAGCUUAGUGAGACUGGCCAUGAGAGCACUGGAGGUUCAGAACUGGAGGAGUCCUUCCACUCCUACCACAGUACUAGCUUUCACCCCUCCACCAAUGGGCAACCACGCACCAAUGGACAUCUUCCCACCAAUGGACACUCUACUGUCGGUGAGAAGGAGAUCUGUAGGCUGUCCCCUGAAGUAGGACGGGGCCUGAAAAACGACACUCCAGCAGAAAGAGGGUCCUCUAAUCUCCUACGGUUCCAUGAUGAUGGGCCGCCAUUACCCUUUACCCCAUCCAGAGUUCGUUGGUUGAAGGCCAUUAAUAAAGUGAGGGUUCAGCUCCGGGAGGUUCGAGAUGAAGAACCCAAUGCUAGACAAGCCUGGGUCAAACCAGGUGGCGGAUCUGGUCUGUAUGGAAUUGACAGCAUGCCAGACCUGCGUAAAAAGAAACCUAUCGCCUUGGUCAGCGAUGUGUCUCUCGUCCAAGCCAGGAAGGCGGGGAUCGCAUCUGCCAUGGCUGCACGGUCCUCGAUCAAGGAUGAUGAGCUGAAAAACCAUGUGUAUAAGAAGACCUUGCAGGCUCUCAUCUACCCCAUAUCCUGCACUACACCACAUAACUUCGAGGUGUGGACCGCCACUACACCCACAUACUGCUAUGAGUGUGAGGGGCUGCUCUGGGGAAUAGCCCGCCAAGGCAUGCGUUGCUCUGAGUGUGGGGUCAAGUGCCACGAGAAGUGCCAAGAGCUGCUAAAUGCUGACUGUCUACAGCGUGCUGCAGAGAAGAGCUCUAAGCACGGAGCUGAAGACCGGACUCAGAAUAUUAUCAUGGCCAUGAAGGACAGGAUGAAGAUCAGGGAAAGGAACAAGCCAGAAAUCUUUGAGCUUAUCAGGGAAGUGUUUAUCAUCAGCAAAGCCAUCCAUGCGCAGCAGAUGAAGACCAUCAAGCAGAGCGUACUGGACGGCACCUCAAAGUGGUCAGCCAAGAUCACCAUCACAGUCGUUUGUGCCCAAGGACUUCAGGCAAAGGACAAGACAGGAUCCAGUGAUCCAUAUGUCACCGUUCAGGUGGGCAAGACCAAGAAGAGAACCAAGACUAUUUAUGGCAAUCUCAAUCCUGUCUGGGAAGAGAAGUUCCACUUUGAGUGCCACAAUUCCUCAGACCGAAUUAAAGUGCGUGUGUGGGACGAGGAUGAUGACAUCAAGUCGAGGGUGAAGCAGCGUCUGAAGAGGGAAUCUGAUGAUUUCCUGGGCCAGAGUAUAAUUGAAGUUCGAACGCUGAGCGGAGAAAUGGACGUCUGGUACAACUUGGAGAAGAGGACGGACAAGUCGGCCGUGUCAGGUGCCAUUCGCCUCCAGAUCAACGUGGAGAUCAAAGGAGAGGAGAAAGUGGCUCCAUAUCAUGUGCAGUACACUUCCUUGCAUGAGAACCUGUUCCACCACUCGACCGAUAUGCUCGGCCAAGGGGGGGUGAAAAUCCCAGAAGCUCGUGGAGACGACUCAUGGAAAGUCUACUAUGACGAUGUGGCCCAGGAAAUAGUGGACGAGUUUGCCAUGCGCUAUGGGAUUGAGUCAAUCUACCAGGCCAUGACGCACUUUGCCUGUCUGUCGUCUAAGUACAUGUGUCCUGGGGUUCCUGCAGUGAUGAGCACCCUGCUGGCCAAUAUCAACGCCUUCUAUGCUCACACAACCGCCUCCACCAAUGUGUCCGCUUCCGACCGCUUUGCUGCUUCCAAUUUUGGGAAAGAACGCUUUGUGAAGCUUUUAGACCAGCUACACAACUCCUUGCGCAUUGACCUCUCAACCUACAGGAACAACUUUCCUGCCAGCAACAAGGAUCGCCUGCAGGAUUUGAAAUCGACUGUGGACCUUCUAACCAGCAUCACCUUCUUCAGGAUGAAGGUCCAGGAGUUACAGUCUCCGCCCAGAGCCAGCCAGGUGGUGAGGGACUGCGUCAAGGCCUGCCUCAACUCUACAUACGACUACAUCUUCAAUAACUGCCACGAGCUGUACAGCAGACAGUACCAACCUGUUGACACAAACAAGGAGGAGCUUCCUUUGGAGGAGCAGGGCCCGAGCAUCAAGAACUUGGACUUCUGGCCCAAACUCAUCAUGCUCAUCGUCUCCAUCAUUGAAGAGGACAGGAACUCCUACACACCUGUGCUCAACCAAUUCCCUCAAGAACUGAACGUAGGGAAGGUGUCAGCCGAGGUCAUGUGGACAUUGUUCGCUCAAGACAUGAAGUAUGCUAUGGAAGAGCACGAGAAGCACAGACUGUGUAAGAGCACCGACUACAUGAACCUGCACUUCAAGGUCAAGUGGCUCAACAAUGAAUACGUCAAGGAGCUGCCAAACUUUAAAGACGUCGUUCCCGACUACCCAUCAUGGUUCCUACAGUUCGUGUUACAGUGGUUGGAGGAAAAUGAGGACGUAUCUAUGGAGUUUAUGCAUGGAGCCCUAGAGAGAGACAAAAAAGAUGGAUUCCAACAGACGUCUGAGCACGCUCUGUUCUCCUGCUCUGUGGUGGACAUCUUCACGCAGCUCAACCAGAGCUUUGAGAUCAUCAAGAAACUGGAAUGUCCCGACCCUAACGUCAUGGCUCAGUACAGCCGCCGCUUCUCCAAGACUAUCGGCAAAGUUCUUCUGCAGUACAGUGCCAUUCUCACCAAAGGGUUCCCUACUUAUAUUGACAAGGAGAAGAUUCCAUGUGUCCUGUUGAAUAAUGUGCAGCAGUUAAGAAUCCAGCUGGAGAAGAUGUUUGAGUCGAUGGGCGCCAAACAGAUGGACGCUGAGGCCAGUGACUUACUGAACGACCUGCAGGUGAAGCUGAACAACGUGCUGGAUGAGCUCAGCAGCACAUUUGGGAACAGUUUCCAGAGCCGCAUCAAUGACUGCAUGCGACAGAUGGCGUCGCUGCUGUACCAGAUCAAAGGACCGCUCAACGACAACAACAAAAACCAAGUGGAUGCGACUUCUGACAACAUGCUACGGCCACUCAUGGAUUUCCUGGAUGGACAACUCACACUGUUUGCCACCGCAUGUGAGAAGACCGUAUUGAAGCGUGUGCUGAAGGAGUUGUGGAGGAUUGUGAUGAGCAGCCUGGAGAAGACUAUUGUCCUGCCACAGGGCAACGACACAUUUGGAGCACAGAUUCUCUCAGCUGCAAAAGAACUGGGUCAGCUCUCCAAACUCAAGGAUCACAUGGCAGGGGAGGCUAAAAGCCUGUCUCCCAGGCAGUGUGCUGUCAUGGAUGUGGCACUGGACACUAUCAAGCAAUACUUCCACGCCGGUGGCAACGGGCUGAAGAAGGCGUUCCUGGAGAAAAGUUCUGAGCUGUCGUCGCUCCGCCACGCUCUGUCCCUCUACACUCAGACAACAGACACGCUCAUCAAGACCUUUGUGACCACUCAGCAUGCACAAGUGCACAAUGGGAAGGGUAUUAGGUUAACUCCCAAUGAAAAAAUACAGCCCAGCAGGGGUUCAGGCGUGGACAAGCCAAUAGGUGAGGUGUCUGUGCAGACUGAGCUGCACACUCAUCCUGGGAACGGGGAGCGGAAAGUUUCUUUCAAAGUUAUGGGAGCCAACGAUUUAAAAUGGCAGACGUCGGGCAUGUUCCGACCCUUCGUGGAGGUCACCAUGAUCGGGCCUCACCUCAGCGACAAGAAACGCAAAUAUCAGACCAAAUCCAAGAAUAACAGCUGGUCUCCCAAGUUCAACGAGACCUUCCAUUUUGUUCUGGGGAACCUGGAAGGCUUCGAGUGCUACGAGCUGCAAGUGUGCGUCAAAGACUACUGCUUCGGCCGGGCCGACAGAGUGGUCGGCGUGGCCGUGAUUCAAUUAAGAGACAUCAUGGGGAAGGGAAGCUGCGCGUGCUGGUGCCCGCUGGGCCAACGCAUCUAUAUGGACGACACAGGCCUCACUGCCAUGCGGAUCCUCUCCCAGCGCUCCAGUGACGACGUGGCCAAAGAGUUUGUGAGGCUGAAAUCAGAGACUCGUUCGGCAGAGGAGGGCAGAUGAGGGGAGAGAGACAGGAAGGAUGGAAAUGGAAGGUCUCCUGAUUUCACAAUAAGAGAAGGAUCUCAAGAAGCAGGGAAUUAUUUCCCAUAGACGGCCAUGUGGACUCUUUCUUAGACCUUUGACGUGUCUUAGCUGCUGUUGACUGUUUGUUGGCGCCUUACUAAGCUCACCGACACAUGUUACGUUCACACUCUGGGUAUUUUGGACCAGCACUCACUUUCCUUGUUCCUUAAACACUCGCAUUAUUUACCUAGCUUCUUACAGCACACAACCACGUAGACAGCAGCGCACUCAACCUUCACACUCACCAGCUGUUUCGCUAGGCAGUGACCACUUACUCCGUCAUUUAACCUUUAUUAACCUCUCUCCUCAUCAGCUGGAGGGGCACAGUGCGCACUUCACAGCCUCAAGGGAACAGAGGACAUCAAGCCCUGCUGGAGGGCCAACAUGUUCCCACACCUCCCCAGUGUUGUGCAAUAACCCCACCUAAACCCCUUCAAACCGUGGCCGUGUGUUUGAUGCCUUAGACUCUGCCAACUGUGAAUGUGUGAAAAAAAAAAAGAUAAUCUUUUGAACGCCCUAUUGUGAAGCUCCACUGUGAUGGUUUGAGUAAAUGUGAAAACAUGUAUGGUUUAUCUCAUAAAGGGGGCUUUUGUUUGACAAAAUACAUGGCUGGUAUCUAGGAGACAGUCCUAGUUUUUAAGGUCGGUCAGUUGUUGAAUAGAGCGCAAGUGAAGGUGGUGAAAUAUUGUACUGGUUUCACAUCUUGUAAUGUUUUUAAGAGAAGGUACUUCGAGUAAUAACCCUUAAUUUAAAGGAUUGAUCAGUUAAAUGUGUGCCUUGCCAUGUUUAAGUUACCUUUCCUGUUUCCCCAGGAAAGACAACAGUGAUGUGAUCAGUAUAUAACGAUAUGAUUUAAAUCAUUAAUAGUGUGGACGCUGUAUGGUAAAGGUGAACCCUGUUUUGAACAUAUUUAUUUCUAAGUUUAAUCUCUAUUAACAACUCCAGUGUAACCAUAAUGGUGAAGCCAUUUUAUUUAUUUUUAUACAUAUUUAUUUUUUGUCCACGAUUUAUUAAAAAAUAAAUAAAUAAAAUGUUGUUUACUGCUGGGGCGUGUUUUGAGAAUUUGCAAAGAGCAGUAGGUCUGAAUGAGUUGCAUAAAACUGCAGAUGAGUUACACGCCCGCAGAAUAAAGCCUCGUGUUUAUUAUCAAAUUAAUAACAAAGUUGGCGCCUCGUGUCCUUGACUGACGAUAGAGAUAACUGUCUUUUAGAGUUGUUCAUUUAUGAUUGAGAAAUAUUACAUGUUGAACUUUCAGGUAACAACUUUUUCUUCCAAACAAAAGGAUAUCUGAACAUUUGAACACGAGCUCCUCAGGAGUGUAGAAUGACUUCUGGUUUACAUAUAUCUUCCUGCUCUGUCUAUGAAUGGCCUUACUUUAGUGAAAACACAAACACAUUAUGUUUUUAAUCUUUUUUUAUCCUUGUAUUUCCUUUGGCUCUCAGCAAUGAGGACCGGCCACUUCUUUUCCCAUAAGGAUGUCAAAUGUGUUUUGAAAGUGAUGUUCCUUAUCAUUUUCUACUUUAUAUCUUUGAUGAUACUGCAAACAUUGUAACUAUAUCUAAGCUGGGUUUUCUUUGUUGCUUAGUAAUAUUUUGUGUUCUCUUUCCUCUUGAAUCAUCUUUAAUAGUUUGGAUUGAUGUCAAUCAAAUGAUGUUUUAUGGACAUUAGUAAUAUCCAGUGAAUGUGUUCAGAUGAAAGAAUCUUAAACUUACUUUUAAUGAAGGAUGGAUAUUAUGAGCUAUGAUAUGAGAACCUCAACGUGUGCACAUUUUUAAACCGACAACUCUCUGUAGAACCCAGUAAACCAGAUUCCUCUUUGUUACAGCACCCUUGUGAAUACGAAAUGUUUCAUAGCCAUUCUUUAAUAUUCAUGUUCCUUGUGCCAAGUUACAAGUGUUCACUCUUGAUCUCUUUUUUUUUUCUAAAUGUGUUCACUGCAAUAGUUAACAAGUACGGUGUAUCAGUCAGAGUAACUGCAUUUUCGUGGUGUUUUCUUUGUAUUGUCACUACUCUGAAAUGUUGUCACCUUGUAAACAUUCCGAUUAAUGAAUUUUGUAUAAAGUAUUUGAGAAGUAUC